CUUCAGUCGUAUAGUUCCAGCUCGAGUGUGAGUGUCGUUUACGGAAUAAUCACAAUUCUACAAAAUCCACUACACCUUGAUCCACAGGUUAAUUAAGAAACAAAGAAAUAAACUGAAGGAGUCAAUAUUUAACACAUUUCACCCCAAAAUUAAGCCAAAUAAGUGGACAAAAAUUGGCCAGUGUGUCUAUUUUUGUUUUGUUUUGCGAGGAGUGAACUCUGUUCACUUUGUGUUGUAUAAAUAGUGGGAAAGGAUGGAACGUAAUGCAAUUAAGUAAUGAAAUUAAUUGUGAGAUCUAUAUUUGAAAAGACGAUGUGGCGAUGGGAACGUUUACCCGUGAAAGACUGCAAAUUAGCUGGAUGACCAGUACCCGUGGCCUAUAUUUGGCUGAAGGAGGAAGCUUUAAUUAGUGAUUCAUCUUCUUGGUCUAUCUGUAUUAUUAUUAUUAGUUGUUUAAAUACGUCGAAAUGUCGGAGAAGCAGAAUCGGGGUGGAACCUCCCACCAGAACGCUUCGUCAAACCCUUCGAAACCUGUGCCCAUGAAAUUAUUCUCGUCCUGGGAAGUGGAUAGGACUCCAUCAAACUGCAUUCCUAGACUGUGUUCUUUGACACUGAUUCGGCUUGUUGUAAUACGGCCACUACCAACAACUGAGACGACCUCGAUUGUCAUAGCUGUCAAGAUGGCUGGAUCUCGGCGAACUUUGAGAUCAAAUGAGAUUCUAAUUCCAGACAACGGGCUCAUCAGCACCGACUUAGAACUGCAUUUCUCCUUACAGUACCCCCAUUUUCUAAAACGAGAGGAAAACCGACUCCUAAUAAUGCUUCAGAGGAGGAAAAAGUACAAAAACAGGACUAUUCUUGGAUACAAGACUCUAGCAGAAGGAUCGAUAGAUAUGGCACUGGUGCUGCAAAGGAGCUAUUUGGACAUGGAAUUAAGUCUUCUAGCCCCCGAAAGUGGUAAUAAAGAGAACCAUGGGCCAAUUGCGAAGGUGACAAUAAUGGGAAUUGCUUCCCAUCCAGUGGAUGAAGUAGAAGGAGAUAGGAAAGGGAAAGCCGCCGGUGGGUUGCGGCGACAAUUAUCUUCACCUCUGACCUCAACGGCUGACCCCACAGGCAAAACUCGCACUCCGGCCCUUGACCACGCACACGCCGACUUUUCCGAGGAUGACUUUUCAUCUCACUCGAGUGAUGAUUCGCCACAAGACGAAGUUAUUAUCAGGAAAAACUCAAAGUCACACCCUCACAACAGGAACCUCAAACAAAAGAUUGUGAAUUUAUUGAAAAAAUUCAAACAAACUGAGGACGGGCAUAGGAACGAAGCGAAAAUUGGUGGACCAGUUGCUGAUAUUGACGAACUUUUCGAUGAAUUGGAAGGAUUGUCAGAUUCAGAACCUGAUGCAGAUACCUUAUCUGUUGGAUCAUUCCCCAAACCAGUACUUCCUCCUUUCUUUGCCUCUUCUAAAUCCUUAGUGCAAUACAUUGACACAAUUCCCGAGAAAAGUAUUAUUACAUCCGAUGAGCGUGGCGAUUCCGAUUCUUGGACUGAGCCAGAUCAGCAAUCUGGCGAAUCUCCCAAAUUGCACAUGAAAUCUCCCGGAGCUUCUCCUGGAAAUAUAUCAUCUUCCACUGUCCAGUCUCCUUCAGUUACUACGAGUACCAAGAAUUUAAAUUUGGGCACAAUAUCUGACCAACUUUCCAGGGUCUUACCCCCAGAUGACGGGUUUCCAGAUCUCAUUGUGUUCGUGUCCCUCGAAAAUAAUGGAAUUGGGGUCGGGAUUUUCUCAGCUUUGACCAAGUACAAUGUGAAAACUUUAGGAAUUGAGAGGAUAGAAAGUGAUCUCAAAGUAGCGAUGCCGCACAUUGUUGGAAAAGUCCAAAAAUUCUGCAACAACAAUGCUAAACCUCCUCCUCCACUAAAUAUUGCGGUCGUAGGACCUGACUCAUUCCUCAGUGCUGUUACCAAGCAUUACGUUACUCAGUUGUCUUCUCGUCCACACGACUGGCAAAACUAUUUUUCGUUCAUUUACGCACCAUUCUCAACUGGGGGUUCAGUGUGGAGACUUUUAUGUCAAAGUGAUCCUCAAUACGUUCAGAAUUUCAACGACUUUACUGAACGAGGCAACGCUGAGGAACUCGCUCUUCGAAUUAUUGCGUUUUUUAGCGUUGCAAAGGAAAGGAGACACAUUGUACAUCUGCCGAUAGCAGAAGCUAUGAUAACAUAUAAAGAAAGUGACGAGUCAUCCCAAGUAUUCGCGCCAUUCAUUAGUGAGGUUCGUCUGAAUGUUGGAUACUCCUUGCAACUUACACCUGGGGAUCAACAGCAACACCAUCCAGACGGGGAAAUUUCUCACCUAUCUUCAUCACCACCGUCUCCUCCCCACUCACCGAGAGGAGAAGAACCCCUCGAAUUGCAGGUAGAUUUUUGGAAGGGUACAGCCAAAUCUUCGGUCAAAGCUUACUUUAGGAGCCUGAGUAUCCAAAGGACUCAAGAUAAUGCUCUUUCGAUAUCGUACGUCCUCAAGGAGCAAAAGAAGCAAAAAAUAAUGAGAUUGGGGAAAAAGAAGGAACGAGAAUCAGACGUAAAAAAUCUCACUAUGGAUGGAAUCUCAAGAUUAGUCUGUCUAUCUAAGUCGCAAACCCCCAUGAAAUUAUUCGUGGAUGGUGCAGAAUGGCCUGGUGUAAAAUUCUUCCAAGUGUCUGCUCAGUGGCAAAGUCAAGUAAAGAACCUUCCUCUAUUGGUCUCAGCCCACGGUAAAAAUGACUCUGGAUGAAAAACUAUGAUGAAGAACGAUAAUUUUCGCCCAAACCAGCUUUCAUGAACUACUCAUGCUUCUUGUAAAUCACACAGGACCACAGUAGCAUACAUAUACAUACAUAUACAGUGUACUUAUGUACAUAUACUGGUCAAUCAAUGUAGUAGUAAAAUGUAAGUAGACAAUAAUAAUUGCAAGAAAUUAGAACAGAAUUUGACUACGUAAAACGUUGACGAUAGAUAAAAGAAAGAUUAAAAUAGAAUGAAAGGAAGACUAUUGGUAAACAAAAAAAAUUGUCAACUUUUCUCAUCAGCUUGCAAAGCCUGUCGUAUAGUCCUGUGGCUGUCUUCCUCAAAAAUCUAGUCUGCUCAUAAGAGAUAUGUAAAAUGUGUAUUCUGAUAUGAUUUCUACGUGCUGAGAUUAAUAAACGAUUUUAGAUAAACCAU